UACCGCAGGACGCGGAACAGUAAGGAUAUUGACCAAUCCAUAAACCACUUUGAACGCACCUUGGAUCUCUGCCCCAUGGACCAUCCCUACCGCCCUGCAGCACUGCUCAAUCUAGCUACCGCAAAGUUUUUCAGUUGCCAAGCUGGUGGAAGACACCUCGACCUCGACAUCCCUAUCCAUCUGUUUCAAGAUGCCCUUGAUUUGCGUCCCACUGAUCAUCCGGACCAAACCAUCACCCAGCUCCAUCUUGCCAUUGCUCUGCAAUCUCGCUUCGUGAAACAGGGAUUUCAAACGGAUGCUGAUGCAGCUAGAGAGUUACUGAGUAAAGUCCUUGAUGAGCGGCCCACCGCACCCAUGUUUCCAUUAUCGUCGAAUCAACUUGCUCAUCGAGUAGAGCGGUGUUUGCAGAAAGAUGAUCCCCGUGCCUUAGAUGAAGUGAUAUCCCUUCAUUAUGAUGCACUGGGAUACUACAACACUGGGUAUGCUUCACGAGGGCAAUUGCUGGGCAAUCUGGGUGUAAUGCUGCACACUCGCUUCGAUCGUCGAGGCAAUGAGGAGGGCUUGAACCAGGCUAUAGCACUUCAGAUGGAAUGGCUGGCUUUGCACCCGGUCGGUCACAAAGAUCGGUCCAAGUCAUUAAAUAAUCUUGCCACUCUACUCUCCUCCCGCUUUAAGCACCGAGGCAAUGACGAAGACUUGGAUCAGGCUAUUGCACUUCACAGGGAAGCGCUGGCUUUGCACCUGGUCAGUCACACAGAUCGGUCCUCGUCAUUAAAUAACCUUGCUAUUCGACUCUCCUCCCGCUUUGAGCAUCGAGGCAAUGACGAAGACUUGGAUCAGGCUAUCGCACUUCACAGGGAAGCGCUGGCCUUGCACCCAGUCGGUCACGCAGAUCAGUCCAUGUCAUUAACUAACCUUGCGACUCAACUCUCCGCCCGCUUUCACCACCGAGGCAACAACGAAGAGGCUAUUGCACUUCACAUGGAAGCGCUGGCUUUGCGCCUGGUCGGUCAUACAGAUCGGCCGUCGUCACUCACGACUCGACUCUCCACCCGCUUUCACCACCGAGGCAACGACGAAGGCUUAGAUAUAGAUACUAUUAUUAAUAUGUAG